CUUUUCUACGGACUACUCCCCAGACGGGCCUCCAGAACACCUCUGGUCUGACUUCUUCUCACAGCCCAAAUUUAUCCAGUGCGUGUGUUGAAUAGACAGAUGAAGGUUUCCCCCGUCCUCCUUAUCUCCAGGCGCGUUUGUCUUCUGUAGCAACACGAGGUGGAUCACCCAACUCGCACUGGCCGUGUCGUGUGCUCUGCAUUGAUCUGUUUCGAUUUCUGCCAUUCACUCGUUUGUGGGAGACUACUACCCAUGACUGGAUUUGGGCGAAUUUCUCCAGCCACCGCAUUCUAGAAUUACCGACUCCAUCAUCAUGGUCGUCUUUGCCUCCUCCCCCCUCGGCCCAACGGGCUCCAGAACGCCCGGGAUGCUAGCUGUGUCGUCGCCAGUGUCCAUCCUUAAAACGCCCAAGAGAGACCCAAGAGACGGGGUCGUACCCAUCCCCGUAAUGGAUGACAAUUUCAGCGACCUCUCCCUUCCCUCAUCCCCGGUCAUGUACGACUCCGACGACAGCAUCUCUCCCCGAAAGCGGAGCCGGGUGACAUUCAAUAGAGACGUGUCAUAUCAUAAUGAACCCGAACGGAAACGGCAACCAGAGAAGAGUGUAGCCGUCGUGCGCGAGGAGGUGCGCAGGGCUAUUCAACGGCAUGUCUCUGGUACCGGCAGCGAGGCAUACGACUGCAUCAAGGAGAGGUUUUCGUUGGACCCGCGGCGCCGGGAUCAGGACAACAUGUUUGCCUACGAUGUACCUACAAACACAUCCUUGAGGCAUCACCUCCUGGGUCUUUUGUCAAACGUGGCGUCUUUGGAUCGCAGUUGCAAUGGACUGGUCCACGCUGUGCUGAAUAGCGUAUGGUUGGGUCGGGACGAGUCGUACAUCAAGCUGUAUAUACGCUUUAUCGGUAACCUUGCUGCCGCUCAGGGAAGCUAUCUGGGGCCGGUGCUCAAAAUGCUGGUCAAUUAUCUAGGGGAGCUUCCCAAGGACACGGGCAGAGUGCCUGGCUAUCCGCGCGUCCAUAUUCCUGAAAUCUACACCCGGGUGCAUAUGGCCCUGCGCCAUGUGAUGCACUUGAUCCCCUCCGGUAGUGGAACGCUUUCGCCCAUCCUGUCCCACCAAUUCCCCUUUGAUACCGAUUCCGCUAAGGGCAACAUUGCGUACACGCGAAAUCUCAUCCGGAUCAUCAGUUAUACGCCAGAGCUUCAUGGAGACAUUCUCACACUGAUAACCGAGAAACUGGUGAAAAUUGACGUGCACAUUCAGGUGGACUUGGAAGACAUCGAAGACGAAAUGGAAGAGACUGUCCUGCAGAGUGUCUCCCCAGAAUCCUUCAUAUAUGAGGAGGAAGACCGAGAGGACGACUCUGACGACUCUGACGACGACUCCAUCAUGAGUGAUGAAUCGGUCGAUAAUGAGUCCAAGCGGCUUCAGGGCAUCAAGGACAAUAUCCUCAAGCUUGAUGGCAUGAUCGACACACUAUUUGAAUACUAUGCGCCUUCUUUUACAAUGGGCAGCGUGGAAGAAAUGCAAAACGCCUUCGACCUUCUAUUGAGCCAUUUCAUGAGCAUCAUUCUCCCAACUUACCGCUCUCGCCACUCUCAAUUCCUCCUGUUCCACUUCUCUCAAGCAUCCCCCGAUCUUGUGGGUCGCUUUGCUAGAAGGUGUACUACUAUCAUCUUCGACAAGAAGCAUCCAGCGAUCAUGCGUCAAUCGGCUGCCGCCUACCUAGCCAGCUUUGUUGCCCGCGGAGCCCAUGUCUCCGGUGACGUCGUUCGGGAUAUGUUCGACAGAUUGGGCCAGCAUCUGGACGAACUUAGGAAGAUUUAUGAUCCCACGUGUCGGGGCCCCGACCUCCGCCGAUACGGCCCGUUUUAUUCCAUCGCACAAGCCUUGCUUUAUAUCUUCUGUUUCCGCUGGCGGGAUCUGACCAAUGCUGCCGUUGAGGGCUACACUCCCGAUCAACUGGACGAGCUCGAGCCAGAAGAUAUUACAUUCCGGCCGUCGGUAAGGAAAGUGCUCGACCAACUGAUUAACGCGAAAAUGAACCCCCUGAAGGUGUGCUCGCCCACCAUCGUGACACAGUUCGCGCGCAUGUCUUAUCACUUCAAACUGGCGUACGUGUUCAGCAUCCUGGAGAAAAACAAGCGCCUGCGCGUGUCUUCUGUCCGCAGCAUCGGCGCCAUGGCCGAUCCACGCUACGGCCAAGUGGAACGUGAAAUCCGUGCCGGUGAUGAUAUCGGCCACCAGCUCGAUGCAUACUUCCCAUUUGAUCCCUAUCAGCUACCUCGCAGCCGACGCUGGGUGGAUGCGGACUAUGUCAACUGGCGCGGUAUCCCCGGUCUUGAUGAGGCAGAUGAUUCGGACAACGACGCUGAUGAUGAUGAUUAUGAAUCUGAUGACCACCUCAGCGAUGGAACCGAAACGGAUGAUGAACUGUGAUGAAUCGACACUUCUGAAGAUGGAAGAAAAAGAUCCGAAAAAAAAAACAAACACAAAAGUGCUUUCACUAUUUCUCGUGCUAUUGGCGAGUUCAAUACCCAAUCUGUUUGCGAAUUUUCCGGCCAUACUGCUUUGCAGCAAGCCAUGUUUUUUUUUUUUUUUACUAGAAAAGAAAGAAAUAAAGAGGAAUCUUAUUGAAGAAUUAGCCGUCAUUUAAUGUAUGCUUCUGGUUCGGGCUCCUCAUGUAUGUUUUAACACCAUCAUGCCGCCAUAUGAAAGCUUGUUUCCUUCCACAUCAUCUUAUCGUACCUUCGGAUCGCAACUUCGGGUCAUGGAUGUUAUACUUCUAUCUAUGGUCAUGAAUCAGAAGAUAUCGGCAGGUAGAAAUGAAAU